AUGAAAUUCGGCCAGCAGCUCCGCACAUCACUGAUCAAAGAUUACAGCCACCAGUACAUCGCCUACGAUGACCUCAAGUCACAGCUGAAAUCGCGUCUGUACCCCUCCGGCACGGACCCCGCCACCACCUCGCCCACGCAAUGGACCGAGGAGGAUGAGAAGGAGUUUGUGCAGGCUCUCGAGGUCGAGCUCGACCGAGUCUUCAACUUCCAGAAGCUGCGCUCCAGCGACAUUGUCCGCCGCAUCAAGGUGUCGGAGAAGGAGGUAGAGGACGUCGUCAAGAAGCUCGACUCGCGCCCGCCGGCGAGGCGCCAGAAUGCGGCGCCCGGUGUGCAGGGCGAGGAUGGGGACGAGGCGUCAGGUCCCACGGAGGAGGACUUUGAGAUGCUGGAGGCGGACUUGAGUGAUAUCAUUGCGGAUGUGCAUGAUCUGGCGAAGUUUACGCAGCUGAAUUACACGGGGUUUCAGAAGAUUAUUAAGAAGCAUGAUAAACAAACGGGGUGGAUGCUGAGACCGAUCUUCUCGGCUCGUCUGAAUGCAAAGCCGUUUUUCAAGGACAACUACGAUGCGUUUAUUGUCAAGCUCUCAAAGUUGUAUGACUUGGUCAGGACGAGAGGAAACCCGACUCAGGGUGACAGCAGUGCUGGUGGGUCGCAGCAGAACUUUGUGAGGCAGACUACAAAGUACUGGGUGCACCCGGAUAAUAUCACAGAGUUGAAAUUGAUUAUCCUGAAGCAUCUUCCUGUGCUAGUUUUCAACCCAAACAAAGAGUUCGAGACACAAGACUCCGCAAUCUCUUCAAUUUACUACGACAACAGUGAUUUCGACCUCUACACCGGCCGUCUCCGCAAAGAUGAAGGUGCUGAAGCCGUCCGUCUCCGUUGGUAUGGUGGGAUGGACGUCUCCACAAUCUUCGUUGAGCGCAAAACCCAUCGUGAGGACUGGACCGGUGAGAAGUCAGUCAAGGCCCGUUUCUCGCUGAAGGAGAAGAACGUCAACGCGUUUCUCAACGGCGAGUACACUGUCGGCCAGGCAUUCGAGAAGAUGCGCAAGGAGGGCAAGAAGAGUGUCAAGGAAAUUGAGCAGUUGGAGGCGCUUGCAAGAGAGGUCCAGUACACAACCAUCACCAAGCGCCUUCAGCCCGCUGUCAGGUCGUUCUACAACCGUACUGCCUUCCAGCUUCCUGGCGAUGCUAGGGUCCGUAUCUCGCUCGAUACCGAGCUCUCUCUGAUCCGUGAGGACAACUGGGACGGCACCAUCCGUUCCGGCAAGAACUGGCGCCGUAUGGACAUCGGAAUCGACUGGCCCUUCAAGCAGCUCCCCGAGAAGGAUAUUGAGCGUUUCCCAUACGCGAUCCUCGAAGUCAAGCUCCAGACCCAAGCUGGCCAGGAGCCACCAGAGUGGGUCCGUGAAUUGGUUGCCUCCCAUCUCGUAGAGGCAGUACCCAAGUUCUCAAAGUUCAUUCACGGAUCUGCGACGCUGUUCCCGGAUAAGAUCAAUCUUCUGCCCUUCUGGAUCCCCCAGAUGCACAUCGAUAUCCGCAAGCCCCCCACCCACAGAUUCGGAAUUGAGAGGCCAAGCCACAGCGCUAGCAUCUCAACAUCUGACGAUCCAUUCGAUUCCGAUGAGGACGAGGACCUCAGCGACCAGGACACGAACAUCCAGAGGAUCAGAUCUGCCGAGCGCGCUAUGGAGUACUCUGACCGUGUUGAGAGGACGCACAAUGGCGGAGGUGCCCGCGGAGAGCUUGAUGAGGAGGAGCGUGCGGCGGAUGAAGAGCCAAGAGACGAAUACCAGCUUUAUGACAGUGAGGAUGAGGAUUCCUAUGAAGAGGCUAGAAACGGGAGACGGAACAAGCCACUCAAGAGCGUCGUUAUGGACGGACUCUUCCAGGCUGGUAAUGUGCUGAAGAGCCUUGUUCCUAAGCCAAGGAGCACGGAGGCAGAUACUCUGAAUCCUCAGGCGCCGGUCCAGGGCAUGGUCUAUGCCCGCAAGUUUAAGGCACCUCCAGGCAAACGCAUUUUCGUCCCCGUCCGUGUUGAGCCCAAGGUUUACUUCGCCGCCGAGCGAACCUUCCUAUCCUGGUUCGAGUUCUCCAUCUACCUCGGUGCCAUCGCCGGAACCCUUCUCAACUUCGGAGACCGCCUCUCGCUGUACUCUGCAUGGGGUUUCACUGUAGUCGCUGUUGUGGCACUGCUGUACAGUAUGGGGCUGUAUCUGUGGCGUGUGGAUAAGAUCUCGAAGAGGAGAGCCGUCAGGUACCACGACAAGUACGGGCCGACGGGGCUUUGCUUCUUGUUGUUUAUUGCCGUGGCGUUGAAUUUUUACUUCAGAUAUGGCGAGUCGAAGAAGUAG